CCGUCCAAUCUAUCCCCAUUUCCCAGACCACCCAAUCCCACACAUCCCACUCGGCGGCGGCGGCGGCGGCGGAGCACGCGAAGAUGGUGAAGUUCCUGAAGACCGGCAAGGCGGUGAUCCUUCUCCAGGGCCGGUUCGCCGGCCGGAAGGCGGUCAUUGUGCGCGUUUUCGAGGAGGGCACACGCGACCGCCCCUACGGCCACUGCCUCGUCGCCGGCCUAGCCAAGUACCCCAAGAAGGUGAUCCGCAAGGACUCGGCCAAGAAGACGGCGAAGAAGUCGCGCGUGAAGUGCUUCCUGAAGCUGGUCAACUUCACCCACAUCAUGCCCACCCGCUACACCCUGGACGUCGACUUCAAGGACGUCGCCUCCGGCGGGCCCGACGCCCUCGCCACCCGCGACAAGAAGGUCGCCUCCUGCAAGGCCGCCAAGGCACGUCUCGAGGAGAGGUUCAAGACCGGUAAGAACAGGUGGUUCUUCACCAAGCUCCGCUUCUAGGAGCAGAGCGUCUUUACAAUACUUAUUAGUAGUUCCUUGUUCUUGCAAUCAAUAGCACACUGAGCUAUCUCUAUCACUGUUUUUGUAUUGUCCAUGAGGAUUUUGUGGUUAGUAUGGAUCUCGGAGAGAGUUUAAUUAAGGCAUGAUGAUGAUGAUGUUCCAUGUGUUAAAUCAUGCUAAAUGAUGCACAUGGUUGCAAUUUUGUUA